GUUAUAAACCUAGCGACUCUAGGACGGACUAUGGCCCACGAGAUGACCCACGGCUUUGGCGUUAUAGGAAGGAAGUAUGACGGCAGCGGCAAACACGUGAACUGGUGGACGGACUAUGCGACGAGUAAGUUUGAGGAGAAAAGGGAGUGUUUCUUGGACCAAUACGGAAGCAUCUUCGACAACUUGACGGACAACUGGGUUGACGGGGUAAGAACUAUGGAAGAGAAUAUAGCUGACAAUGGCGGGAUGCGAGUGGCGUACCAGGCAUACUUGAGACUUACGGAAGACAAACAAGAGGUGACGCUGCCGGGUCUCCAGAACUUCACGCAAGACCAGCUAUUCUUUCUGUCGUUUGCUACAGCAUGGUGCGAAAGAGACGAUGUUCCACUCUUGCCUCCUGGAGACCGGCACGCACGUACCAGAUUCAGAGUGAAUGUGCCCCUGCAGAACAUGGAAGAAUUCGCUUCCGCCUUCCGCUGUCCACGAGGCUCCGCCAUGCGACUUUCGGACGGGGACAGAUGCAUAAUGUGGUGAUGCCCGGAAAAUACGCAUCACGCAUAUAGAAUAAGAAAAAAAAAAUGCUUUUCAUUUCACUGUCCCGGCUUGUCGUGC